GGACCAGUAGCAAUGAGAGUUGCAAAACUGGCCAUCAAUCAGGGAAUGGAGGUUGACUUAAUAACAGGUUUAGCAAUUGAGGAAGCUUGUUACGCUCAGAGCAGUAAGGUGUCGGAGCUAGAAAACACUUUCCGUAAAUUCGCUGUAUACGGUGACACGGCUGCCAGUGGCAAUGACAUGAUGGAGAAAAACUUCUCCAAGUUGUGCAAGGAGUGUGGAGUGAUGGAUGGGAAAGCUGUGACCAGCACUGACAUUGACAUUGUAUUUAACAAAGUCAAGACCAAGGGUGCUCGCACCAUCACCUUUGCUGAGUUCCAGCAGGCCAUGAAGGAGAUGUGCACAGAGCAUUUCAAGGGCAAAUCGCAGCAGGAAGCACUGCAGGCUGUGUACGGCCUCAUCGAGGGGAAGGAGCCUGGCAGCAUGGGCACUACUAAAGCCACCAAGGUUGGUGGGGAUGACAGGCUGACGGACAUUAGCAAAUACACUGGCAGUCACAAAGUGCGUUUUGAUGAGAGUGCUGACAACCAGGAUCUGACAGACAACAGUGGCUACGUUGGAGCCUACAAAGGAGCUGGCACAUAUGACAAGACACACUAA